AUGGUACGCUGAUGCCUUGGAUAAUCUCGCGAGAUCAUAAGACAACGACGUUCUAAUGCUGAAUUGUGCGUGUAACGCCGUUAUCGCGAGACUUGCGCGAGGCGAUUGGACUUGUCCGGCGUCGUUGUCAGAGGAAAGGCCAGCCAGCUACCAUGGGGAACAUUUUUGGCAACCUCUUAAAGAGUCUUAUAGGGAAAAAAGAGAUGCGGAUUUUGAUGGUCGGCCUGGAUGCAGCUGGGAAAACCACAAUCCUGUACAAACUGAAGCUCGGAGAGAUAGUCACAACGAUUCCCACCAUCGGGUUUAAUGUGGAGACAGUGGAGUACAAGAACAUCAGUUUCACAGUGUGGGAUGUCGGUGGUCAGGACAAAAUCAGGCCUUUGUGGCGACACUACUUUCAGAACACACAGGGCCUGAUAUUCGUGGUGGACAGUAAUGACCGAGAGAGGGUGAAUGAGGCCAGAGAAGAGCUGAUGAGGAUGCUCGCUGAAGAUGAACUGAGAGAUGCAGUGCUGCUGGUGUUUGCUAACAAGCAGGAUCUGCCAAACGCCAUGAACGCAGCAGAGAUCACUGACAAGCUGGGCCUUCACUCACUUCGCCACCGUAACUGGUACAUCCAGGCCACUUGCGCCACCAGCGGUGACGGCCUGUACGAAGGCCUCGACUGGCUGGCCAACCAGCUCAAGAACAAGAAGUGAGGCGAAUCUGUGGACAGCUGAGCUGCAGCUCAUCAGGGAGCACCAGUGGGUUUCUUUUACUGUGUUUACAAGAUGAGAGUGGAAAGAGCAGGCCGGCUCAGAGUCCAGCUGCGUAGCCUGUACUUUUCAUACUUUGUAAAAAUGUCACUUUAAACCCCCACUCCCAUUUUGAUGAAUCUACUAUGAUAUAUAAUGAUAGAAAAAUAAGUAGCACGUCUCCAUAUCAUAUUUUUGAAGGGUGUGAAUUGAAGUGAUUCAGCAAACAAUAAUAAGGGAUGAUGCUGAUUUUUUGUUGUUACUGUGGUAUUGAGGCUGUAGUGUUAAAUGCAGGUCAUUUAAACUAUUAUAACGUGCUGCCCUAACGGCUCAGAGAUCUUAUCUAUAGGAAAUAAAUUGAACUGAAUGAAGCGCAGAACGAUCCAAGAAUGCUAGAUGUGUUUCUAUUUUAUAUGUUUUUGUUAGAGUAAUGCUUUUGAGGUUUUAGAGUAACACUCUGUGUAUUAUUAGCAUUUAGAUUUGUGGUGAAACAGUAAUACAUUUUGACUGCUUGCGUAUAUUGCCCUGUUUUGAGUGGGCCUCUGCGAGUUUAUGCACAGAUAGAUGACAUGAUCACUACUCGAUUUUAUUUAUUUAUUUAUUUAUUUAUUUUCGCAUGUAGACAUUGACUUGACAGAAUGAUACAGUGGCUGCACAUUUCUUGGCUCAUCAGUUACACGUCAGUCAAAACGAUUUACUGUUUUUGCAUGUUGCCUCUCUGGCGUGGUAGUCUGUGCUCUGCUUUUUCAUUAAAUCUGUUGCAUGUGUUUAUUAGAUGCUGUGCAUUACACAAGAGUAGCUCUCUCUAGCUCCAGGAGAGGUCUAGCUGUUCUUUGAGUUCUUUAGAGGGUUAGAAGCCACUGUAUUCAUAUCACUCAUCAUAUAUUGGUGAAUGAGAACAAUGAUUUGUAGUAUCUGAAAAGAAAUUUGUAUUAAGUCAUGUGCUCCUGAUCAAAACAUGUUUUUUUUAAAAGCAUCGUCCAUAAUUUCCGUAGUGAUGCUGAGAUUCUAAUGGUUAAAUCAAACAAUUCAUUCAACAAUGCUGUGUUACAACAGAGCAUCUCACAGGACCUCAGCAUGUCUCUCUGCUCGACUGUUUACUUUCUCACUGAACUUCUUAACUUAUCCUACUGCUGCCCCAUGAACAAUCAUUAUACAGCAUGGUUUAAACACAUUUUUCCACUAAAACAUAAUUAUCAGCCAUUCCACUCAUGACACCACAAAAAGUGAUUUUUUUUCUUCAUUUGUUUAUUUAUUAGUGACCUUUAUAUUAGUGGAAGAUUAAAUAUAAUGGGCAGCUGAACCACUAUUUAUUUGUACCAAUUGUACAAAUCAAGUUAGAACCACUUACUUAACAUGCUGAUAAGAUGAUUGACUGCCAUUAAUACAAUGUAUCUACCUAUGUGAAUAUACCCAAUAAUUUAUUGAACAAAACUAUCCAAUAAACUCUCUGUGACAAAA